GACGUGACUUCGGGCCAGGUCGUGGACCCCGCCUCGCAGGGCGCUGCCGACAAAGACGCCGUUGACCCCGAGAAUGAUUUCCAGAGGGAGAUGAGCUUUUACCGGCAGGCUCAGGCAGCCGUCCUGGAAGCCCUGCCUAGGCUGCGUAAGCUCCAGGUUCCUACGAGAAGGCCAGAUGAUUACUUUGCAGAGAUGGCCAAAUCAGACCAACAGAUGCAGAAGAUUCGACAGAAGCUUAAGAGUAAACAGGAAGCAAUGGAGAGGUCUGAGAGAGCAAAACAGCUCCGCGCAAUGAGAAAAUAUGGCAAGAAGGUGCAAACUGAGAUUCUGCAGAGGAGGCAAAAGGAGAAAAAAAAUAUGUUGAAUGCAGUCAAGAAAUACCAGAAAGGUCUCUCCGACAAGCUGGAUUUUCUAGAUGAAGAGCAGACAUCGUCUCAGGGGAAUAAAAAAGGCAGUGCAAGUCAAUGGAUAAAGAAGGGACCAAAUGCCAAAAGACGAUACAAGAAUCAGAAGUUUGGUUUUGGUGGGAAGAAGAAGGGCUCGAAGUGGAACACAAAGGAGAGUUUUAAUGAUGUGUCCAGCUUCCGGUCAAAAGUGGCUCACAACAAAGGCCCAGGAAAAGGAGGAAAAAAAGCCCUCAAUAAGAGACCUGGAAAGAGAGCAAGGCAGAAAAUGAAGAGCCGAGCGCGAUAAGAGGACUGUGCUCCCCAGUGGGGUUCGUAUGUUCCUGUGUGUUGUCAGAUGUCUGUUUCUGCUGUCAUCGAGCGGCUAACCAUGGAGCAAGCUGGAUGCUUCCAAGUGGCAAGAAAAUAAGUCAGUGGAAACUAGUGCCUUAUCACUAAUAUCUUCGUAUUGUCUGUUUUGUUGAAGGAUUGUUUUGUACUUAAACCUAUGGUGUGUGAACGCAUUAAACGGUUCGCACAGAACUAUGUCUAAUUUGUGUUUAGCUGUGUUAUGAAUGGUGGCUGAAGCCUGCCCUUUGUUCCCUUCAUUCUGACAGCUUUUUCCACAGCUACUGUUGACACGUACUUGGUGAACUUGAGUUCUGGAUCAUGUUGCCGAUGUCAGAAUAAGAGGUCUGAAGCUUGUCAAGAAGUUAAA